AUGAAGAAUUUUGCACUUCUUGUUGGGGCAGCCCUGGCGGCCAUUCCCCAUGUCUCCGCUCACUAUUACUUCCCUCAUUUUAUCGCCGAUGGCAACUUCACGGGAUAUUACGAGUACGUCCGCGAGGAUACCCAAGGCUAUAUGCCUUUCAAGGGUGGUUACUCGAAAGACGAUUUCCGCUGCAACACUGGUUCUAUGGACUAUGCAAGCAAGACUGGUGUGUACAAAGUCAAGGCUGGUGAAACGAUCGGCUUUGGUACCGACUUCAACGCCCUCAUUCAACACCCAGGCCCUCUCCAAGUUUACAUGUCCAAGGCCCCUGGAGACGUGCGCGAGUACGACGGAUCUGGAGAUUGGUUCAAGAUCUACGAGCUUGGUCCGGAAAGCUUCUCUAGUGAUGGAGUCACUUGGGGGGUGACAGGUGUCGGAAACUUUACCUUCCAACUACCCAACGAAAUCCCGGCCGGUCAAUACCUUGUGAGAAUCGAACAUAUUGGUGUUCAUGGCGCUGGAGAGUGGGGAGGUGCCGAAAUUUUCUUCAACUGCGCUCAAAUUGAGGUCGAAAGUGACAGCACAGCCACGCCGUAUCCAUUGGUCAAAAUCCCUGGAGUCUACGAUGGGUAUGAGCCUGGUAUUCUGUUCUACAUGUAUCGUGAUUAUAUCGUCAACUACACCAUGCCUGGCCCGCUUCCCUAUCCCGAUGCAGCAUUGGCAAACGUCACUGCGUCGGGAAUAAGUGUUGCUCCAACUACUGCCUGGUCAGCGCCAGCUGUGACACACUACGCCUCGUCUUCCUCUAUUGUGCAGUCAAGCCGUGCUGCCUCCAGUUCAAAGACAGUCGAUCCUGUUUCAGCUGCCUCUAGUACGCCUUUUGUCCGUGAAGCAAGCACUGCCUCACCUACUUCUACAUCUUCGCAGGCGACCGUGGCGUCUGGAAACACUGCCGUUACCAGUCCAGCUUCGAAUCUAGAUUCAGCCGAGGCUGCAUCUGGCGACGACUCGGUUUCUACACCUACUCCAGCUAUUUCUGCUGCUACCGAGAGCACUUGUGCACUUACCAAGACCGUGACAGUUCACACCACUGUUACUGUGCCUGCUUCUACUAUCGAGCCCACCUGUGUUGCGGGCACUUUGACCACAACCACAACCACCACAACCACCAUUUUCGCGACGGCCACUGAUCAAGCCUGA